UUCACUUUGUAAGUCGCGUUAAAACCUUGAAGUCAAACUUUGUAUUUACAAACAAUUCUUUUAAGAGUAGUUUGUUAUACAUCGUGGUAUUGUUGGAACUAUGUGUCGCUUACCAAUAUGUAUGGGAAAAAGUCAAACGUUUUAUGUUAUGAUGGUUUUGACGACAUCAAUGUUUUUUGUAGAAAUUACAGUUGGUUAUUUGACAAAAUCUAUGGCACUAGUUGCUGAUUCAUUUCAUAUGCUUUCAGAUAUUAUCUCUCUUUUUGUUGGAUAUUUUUCUUUCAAGUUUUCUAAGAAAAAAAAAAAUAAUUUGGAGAAAGAUACUGGAAAUACUUUUGGUUGGGCUCGUGCAGAAGUUUUAGGAGCACUUAUAAAUGGUAUAUUUCUACUUGCUCUAUGUUUUUCUAUUUUGAUUGAAGGAGUGAAGCGAUUAGUUACACCAGAAAAACUAGAAAAACCUAUUUUCAUUUUAACUGUUGGAACUGUCGGUCUUGUUGUUAAUCUUGUAGGAAUGUGUUUGUUUCAUGGUCAUACUGGUCACACCCAUAGUCAUGGUGGAAAUAAAGAAGAGAAAACAUCAGACCCACCAACAAAAGAAAGUUAUAAUAAUGAGGCUCUUGAGAUUAACUUAGAACCAUAUAAUGAUAUAGAUAUGAAAUCUAAACAACUUGAAGAUUCCAAUAAAAGCUACAUGGGAAAUAUAUCAAUCAAACACGGAUCUUUUGUUUCAGUGAAUAUAGAUUCUAAUACAGAGAUAAGAGAAAUUGAAGGAGUUAAAGCAGUUGCAAAAACACAAAAAUCAAAAUCAAGUGGACAAAUGAAUAUGAAAGGAGUUUACUUACAUCUGCUUGGAGAUGCAUUAGGAUCUAUUGUUGUUAUUUUUGCUGCGUUGAUUGUUUACUUUUUUGAUGGAAAACAAUGGACACUUUAUGUUGAUCCAGGAAUGAGCAUACUUAUGGUUAUUAUUAUAACAAAAACUGUUAUUCCAUUAGUAAAACAAUCCAGUAUGAUUUUGAUGCAAAAUGCUCCAUCUAGUAUCCAGAUUAACACAAUUGAAGAUAAGCUGUUACUCAAAUUUCCUGAAAUUCAAUCUGUUCAUGAAUUCCACGUAUGGCAACUAACUGAUAGCAAAUUAGUGGCAUCUUUACAUGUUGAACUCCGUGCUCAUUCUGACUACUCUAAAAUUGCAUUUAUGCUAAAGGAAUUUUUUCAUGAUGAGGGAAUUCAUUCUACAACCAUACAACCAGAAUAUGCAGAGAAAACUAUAGAAAAUGGAACCACUUGUCGUUUGCAGUGCAGUAGUCUUUGCGAAGAAAAGUUGUGCUGUUUAAUAGAAUAUACCAACAGUGAUGUAACGUCUACCGACUACCGACCAGAACGAUGUAGCGUCAGUGAUGUAACGUCAAUCGACCAGAAUGAUGUAGCAUCAAUCGACAAGAAUGCUAAUGAUAUUUAUAACACUCAGUUUUAAUUUUUUGGUUUAAAUUAAAAAAUUUGUAUUACAAAUAUUUAAGUUUUUUGUAUUUAAAUUUAUAGUUUAUUAAGAAUAAAAUAUAUACAAGAGAUAUAAAUAUAGAAGUAUAAAGAA